CAGCUGGGUGGGCGGGGCCUAUAGGGGCCCAGGAGUGCUGCUGCUGCUGCCGCUGCUGCUGCUGCGCGCGCGCCUCUGUCCGAGCGUGCGUCAUUAGGAGGGGGAAAUCCAUCCAAAGCCACGCGUGUGUGAAACCCAGGAGCUGUUUGGGACUUGUUUUGACGUUUUAUGUUUAUUUUCGAACCUUUGGUUCGGACUACGAGGGACGAUGAUUCUGGCAGCAUUAAAAGAAUUUGGGAAGCAGCUCCUGCGGGUGAAGGUGGUGGACUGCAGCGCGGAGGAGUCCCGGUUGGCACGAUGCCUCAACACGUUCGACCUGGUGGCUCUGGGCGUCGGCAGCACGCUAGGCGCCGGUGUCUACGUGCUUGCCGGUGCCGUCGCCCGCGACACCUCCGGACCCGCCAUUGUCCUCUCGUUUCUCAUCGCCGCCAUGGCAUCAGUGUUGGCCGGCCUGUGCUACGCCGAGUUUGGAGCACGCGUCCCCAGGACGGGCUCGGCUUACCUGUACAGCUACGUGACAGUCGGAGAACUGUGGGCGUUCAUCACAGGCUGGAACCUGAUCCUCUCCUACGUUAUUGGGACUUCGAGCGUGGCUCGGGCGUGGAGCGCGACCUUUGAUGAGCUGAUCGGGAAGCACAUAGAGAACUUCUUUCAACAGUACAUGACCAUGAACGCACCGGGAAUCCUGGCGGAGUAUCCGGACGUCUUUGCUGUCGUCAUCAUUCUCAGUCUGACAGGACUUCUUGCGUUUGGGGUGAAAGAAUCGGCCUUGGUUAACAAAGUGUUCACUUGCAUCAACGUACUGGUGCUGCUGUUCGUGGUCAUCGCUGGAUUGGUUAAAGGGAACCUUAGUAACUGGUAUCUGGACCCCAAAGAGGUCUUCAACACCACGGGAAACUCCAGCCUCAACGUGUCGUAUGACUUGAAUAAAAAGGAGCGUCUUGGUGACGGCGGUUUCAUGCCUUUUGGCUGGACUGGAGUCCUCUCAGGCGCAGCCACCUGCUUUUACGCCUUCGUAGGGUUUGACUGCAUCGCUACUACAGGCGAGGAGGUGAAGAACCCCCAGAGGGCCAUUCCUAUCGGCAUCGUGGCCUCUCUCCUCAUCUGUUUUGUGGCGUACUUUGGCGUAUCGGCGGCUCUCACAGUGAUGAUGCCGUACUACAUGCUGGACAAGAGCAGCCCUCUCCCAGUAGCCUUUAAUUAUGUGGGCUGGAAGGGAGCCACUUAUGCGGUGGCCAUUGGCUCUUUAUGUGCUUUGUCGACGAGUUUACUGGGCUCCAUGUUCCCGAUGCCGAGGGUGAUCUGGGCCAUGGCGGAAGACGGGCUGCUCUUCAAGUGUUUGGCUAAAAUUAGCUCACGGACCAAAACCCCCCUGAUAGCUACAGUAACAUCAGGCGUAGUUGCAGCCGUGAUGGCCUUCCUGCUUGACCUGAAGGACCUGGUUGACCUGAUGUCCAUCGGCACUUUGCUGGCCUACACCCUGGUUGCCGCCUGUGUGCUGGUGCUCAGGUACCAGCCUGAGCAGCUGAGCGUUGCCUAUGAGAUGGCCAACACCCAGGACGAACCCGACAACACCGAGUCCUACAGCGAGGGCAUUUCAGACAUCUUACCCCAGUCAGAGGAAGAGUUAAACAUCAGAAAUCUGAUUAUUCCUCCAGUCAGCGAGCCGUCUCCUCUUACUGGCCGUGUGGUCAACGUCUGCACCAGCAUACUUGGUGUUCUGGUGUGUGUUUUCAGUGUCGUAGCUGUUAAAGGUGGAACUGCAUCCUGGUCGGUGUCUGUGCUCGGCGUUCUCUUUGUGGCCUCUCUGAUCCUGACUUUCAUAAUAUCCAGACAGCCGCAGAGCAGAGCCAAGCUUGCCUUCAAGGUUCCUUUGCUACCUUUCAUUCCCAUCAUCAGCAUGUUUGUCAACGUUUACCUGAUGAUGCAGCUCGAUAAAGGAACCUGGAUGCGCUUCGGUGUCUGGAUGAUUCUAGGUUUCUUCAUCUACUUUGGUUACGGGAUUCGCAACAGCGCGGAGGCAGCUACGACCAGUUUGGACACCUCCAUCAAAGAGGAGCCCAUGACCACGGAGAAGGAGGCGUUCCUACACGACAUCCAGAACUCCACCGCAGACGGUGAAGAUCUAUGAGGAAACCAGAGGUCCUUUUCUGGUCCCGGUACCGAUAGAAACAUCGAGUGUCGGUCCGAUUUCGUGGCCGUGUACUCGUAAACGCGUUCCAAUAACACCUCACUUUUUGGUUAAGUUACAGCAGCGGACAACAGCAGCAAACUGUAAAGAAGAUAAAGUAAAAGUAUUGGAAAGCAGUACAUGGAAGUGUUUACAGGUUUGGCUUGGCUACACCUGAAAUAUUUGUUUUAAAGUGUCUGCACGUUUUAUUUAGCCGCGUUGUGCUACAAUAACAAAAGAGCCUUGGAUAGCUUUGCAUCAAACAGCAGGAACGACGGCUUCAAAACCAACUAUUUGACUGUAGUCGAGGAAACGAUUGAUCCACAGGUGCUGCAAGGAUGGCAAGCUGUUAAGUCCUAUAAUAACCACAAAAAAAACAUUCUACACCGAGGCAUUUUAUCGUAGUCGUUUCCCUCAAGGAGCAGCUGAGACGUUUGGUGUCGGAGAUUGUACUCAGUUCUUGUUAUUUUGCACCAAGUCCAAAUCAAAUCUACGAAAAGAAAUUUGAAAAAUAACAUUUUAGUCCAAGAGAUUGUCAACUUUCCAGAGUAGCUCAAACUUCCUGUUUGAGACACGUCCGGUAGGAUGCAGCUCAGCAUUUAGAUCGAAUAAAAAUGACAGAAUAAUGUACGUUUUUAGCUUAUAGAGGAUAAACUACAGUACUCGGCUGUAAGUACUCAUACUAACAAUGGACGAGCGUGGUGUCGGUGCAUCCCUAGUUCUGGUCCGUGAGCUUCACUUUCCUUUAAUUAGCAACAAGCCUCCUUUGUUUCUUCUGAUUGUUGAAAGAGUGAAACAGUUUUUGAACGAAGAAGUGUUUCAGUUAUUGCAGCUUUUGUGGUUUUAAACUUUUACUUGGUUACUGAUGGAAAGCACAACUCUGAGUGUUUUAUGCAAUAUUAAUUAUGAUUCUGGUGAUAAUGUGGCUCACAAACCCACUGUGCUGCUGAGGUAUACGAGGUACCCGUUCUGUGUACGGAUGGGGAGACGCUUAAUUUUUCAGUGAAAACACAAAUUUACCAACCAAAGAACGUCAGUUUUGUCUCUAAUUUUAUAUCUGGGAAUAAAAUGAGCUGCUAACUUUAAGUGUUUUCCUUCAGAAGGCUUAUUUUCACCUGUAAUAUUUGUCACUUUUGUAAUAUACUAUAAGACAACUGUGUGUUAUUGUGGGGGUUUUUUUUGCAUGUAAAUUAUAUCAUAGAUGAAAAAAGCUACCUUCGUGUCAUUUAAAAUUUUCCGCUUCAGUGUUUUUUUUAAUUCUUUAGCCUUUUUCCGGCUCAGACCAGGAACCCCCGCUAGAAACACGACCCACACGGCAGCUGAGAUCUGAAUGUUUUGUAUCCGUUUUUAUCAGGAAAAGAAGCUUUUUAUCCAAGAGUGACACAGAAGUAGCUAAAAUAUAAACUAUUUUUUUAGAUAAGUAGUAUUUUGUUUAUUUCUUUGUGUGUGUGUUUUUUAAAGUUCCACCAGUUUCUGUUGUAAAUACUCUUCGUUGUUCACGGCCACGGAAAUGUUUAACCAAAAAGCCGUUUUUGUUGGUUUGGACACGUUUAGUGACUUUUUAAAUGUGUUUUGACCACACAGCCUGUGUUACAGUGUUCACCUCCCCGCAUCCAGAUGGGCAGGAGCUGCAUGCAGGACGGGUUUUUAUUCAGCAUGUGUCGACUUUGAUUGGUGUUUUAGCAGCUACUGUUGUAAAUAAAUGAUGCAAUAAAUUAA